AUGGAGAAUCCGCUUGAAGGCGAAAAUGACAGCUCAUCACCCAACUUUGAGCACAAGGGAGCUCACCAGGCCUUCAAGGAUCGCUGGAAAAAGACGGACGACUCGAUGUGCCGCCACAGCAUGUCCUUCCACCUGCACCACACCAUGAGGACCGACUUCUUUGCCAGCUACCUCUACCUGCUGGAGAAGAUCCCUCUGGUGAAACUGUUUCCUGUCACCUGUGAGUACAUCCAAGGGGAGAAGCAGUUCUACUACCGAUCUCAGCAGUUCUACGAGGACGUCCCCGCCUCAGAGGAGGGAAUGAUGGGAGACUUUGUGGGGAUCUCCAAUGUUGACCUCGAAGGUUCCCGGCAGUUUCUAAAGAAGUUUGUGGGUCCCGGGAAGGCUGGCACACACUGUGCCCUGGACUGUGGUUCUGGUAUCGGCCGUGUGACCAAGGGUGUCCUCCUUCCUGUCUUUGAGAAAAUGGAGAUGGCGGACAUGAUGGAGCAGUUCCUCCUCCAUGCACACGAGGAGUACCUUGGCGAUGACGCAGACCGCAUUGAAACCUAUUACUGCUACAACCUGCAGGAAUUCACUCCUCCAAAAAAGAAGUAUGAUGUCAUCUGGAUUCAGUGGGUGGCAUGCCACCUGACCGACAAAGACCUGAUGAACUUCCUCAUCCGCUGCAAGAAGAGCUUGCGUUCGAACGGCGUGAUUAUACUGAAAGACAACAUGGCGCGACAGGGCUGCAAGCUGGACCCCAUAGACAGCAGCAUCAGUCGCCACCUGGACAUCAUGAAGUGCAUCAUUCACAAGGCCGGCCUGGACAUCCUGGCUGUGGAGAAGCAGGAGGGCCUGCCUGAGAUCAUCAUGCCGGUUUGGAUGAUCGCCAUGAAAUAGAAUCCUGAAAACUCUUCAUCUGUUCCGUCCGAAAUGUGUUCAGCAAGGAGAUUCACCAAGGGAUGCCACAAGAUCCACUACUCAUCACAAUUGACACAAGUCA